AUGUUGCAAUCAAAAGCAGUUGAUCUUGCUAAGGCAGCAGACCUCUUAAAGGUUUGCAUGGAUGAGAUGUGCAGAUUAAGAAAUCAGUUUGAGGAUGUAAAGAAAGAAGCAACAGAUACAGCCCAGAAGUGGUCAAUCAGACCAGAAUUUGAGAAAAAGAGACUUCGUACCGUAAAAGGACAUUUUGGCGAGCUUUAUGAAGACCAAAGAUUAGAAGAUCCAGAGAGUUUGUGUAGAGUAACUGUUUACUAUCGUACUCUGGACAUCACCACAACUCAGUUUAACUUCCGUUUUACUGGCUUGCAUGAAGUUGUCUCAUCAUUCUCAGUGUUGGAACCAAUCUCAUUGCAAAAUUUAUCUGACUCGGAGCUGUACGAAAAAGCAUCUAGUUCUGUGAAAAAAAAAUACCACAACGAUGUGUCAGAAACAUUCACACAGGAAAUUCUCAGCAUGAGAUCUGCUCUGAAGGAAGAAAUAAGCAAAGUUUCUAGUAUUAAGGACCUUGCUAAUAUGUUGAUCAUAGAAAAUCAUUCUAUUUCAGCCAAUUUCCCUGAGGUUUGCACUGCAAUGCUAUUGUUUUUAACUAUUCCAGUCACAACUGCAAGUGCAGAGCGUUCAUUCUCCAAACUUAAGCUUGUUAAAAACUAUUUGCGAAGUACAAUGGCACAGGAAAGUAAAUUGAACUUGAGUAAAGUCACUGACAGAUUUUCAGAGAUGAAAGCAAGGAAGAAAGAAUUCUAG